AUAUCAAAUUUGUCCCAAUGACUUUAAAAGCAUUUGUAGAACUACCAUAGAACUUUCUCAAUUAUCUGGUCUAAGCUAAGUUCUGUGUGGCCUAGUUGCUUUAGUAUAUAUAGCUAUCCUUGUGAAACAGAAAAUAAUUGACAUUGUUCUUCUGCAAAACAUAUUCGGGUAGCGAUGCAACUGGGUAGUGUUACUUUGUUUUUCUUAUUCUUCUUUAGUUUGCUUCCAUCACAGUACGAUGCUGAAGUAUAUAACAUAACUCCUUCACACCCAUUAGAAGAGAGACAAACUCUAGUUUCUUCUGGCCUAAUAUUUGAACUGGGCUUCUUCAGUCCUAAUAAUUCUGCCAACAAGUAUAUAGGCUUGUGGCACAAAAGUAUUUAUCCCCGUAAAUAUGUAUGGGUGGCUAACAGAGACAAUCAUCUUGCCGCUGCAGACACCUUGGCUAGUUUGAGAAUUGGCAGUAGCGGGAGUCUGGAGCUCGUAGAUGGGAAACAGAUUUCUGUCUGGUCAGCCAAUAUAUCUAAUUGUUCAUCUGCAGUUCUCUUAGAUAAUGGAAACUUUGUUGCCAAAGAUGUUAUGGGAGCUGAUUUGUGGGAGAGUUUUAAUAAUCCUAGUGACUCACUUCUGCCAAACAUGUUGCUGGGAUAUGAUAGUGGUUCUGGAAAACAGAAUUUCUUGACAUCUUGGAAAAGUGAAAAUGAUCCAUCAACAGGGAUAUUCUUGGUCGGACUGUCAGCAGAGUUGCCGGCACAGUUGUAUAGUUGGAUUAAUGGAUCUACUCCCCACUGGAGAAGUGGGCCAUGGGAUAAAUCAAAGUUUAUUGGUAUACCCACAAUGAAUUCUCAGUAUCUAUCUCCAUUUACUCUUGUUGAUAAUGUGACACAGGGUACCAGGUAUAUGUUUUACAGUUUUGACAAAAUUCUCGGAUUUGAUAAAACUCUUGCAUAUAUGGACAUAUCUUCAGAAGGAAUACUGCGCAAUUUGUAUUCACCAAGUGGCAAGAAAUGGUACUAUGACUGGCAGUCAUCGGAAAAUCCAUGCAACAAUUAUGGUGCCUGUGGACCUUUUGGGGUUUGCAAAGCUUCUGAAUCUCCAAUCUGCAAGUGUUUGAAAGGGUUUAUACCCAAGUCAAAUGAGGAAUGGAGCAAAAGAAACUGGACCGGAGGUUGUGUGAGACGAAUAAAUUUGUCUUGUGAGACACACACAAAUGAAUCAGUCUCAUCUAAAGGGAAAGAUGGGUUUUUGAAGAUGGAAAGAUUGAAAGUACCCGAUUUUCAUGAAUAUCUGACUUCUGUGGUUCUAGACAAGUUCGAGGACUGCAAGAUAAAGUGCCUGAAUAAUUGUUCUUGCCUAGCUUAUGCAUAUGUUGAUAACAUAGGGUGUUUGGUCUGGUCCAAAGACCUUAUUGAUAUACAGCAGUUUCCAUCUCUUGGAGAAGAUCUUUAUGUCCGCCUAGCACGCUCAGAACUAGGUGAAGGAAAGCCGAUAAAAUUAAUUGCCAGCCUUACAACUAUUGGAUUUAUGAGUAUCUUGGUUGCUGUAGUCUUCAGUUUGCACAGGUGGCGUGCCAACCAAAAGCGACAUGUCAAAUUAACAACACGUCGUUUGGAAUCAACUAGUAUGAUUAAGAUUUAUAGAGACGGUCUUCGAGAGUAUAUAGGACAGCAUGAUUCCUCCGAGCUAAGGAUGUAUGAUUUUGAUAGCAUAGUAAUCGCCACGGACGGCUUUAGCAUCACAAAUAAACUGGGGCAAGGAGGCUUUGGCCCAGUUUAUAAGGGGUUGCUACCCGAAGGGAGGGAAAUAGCAGUAAAAAGACUUUCUAGUAGCUCGGGACAAGGUGUGGAGGAGUUCAAGAAUGAAAUGUUGUUGAUCUCCAAUCUUCAACACAAAAACCUUGUCAGGAUCAUGGGUUGUUCUGUCAAACAGAAUGAAAAGUUACUUAUCUACGAAUUCAUGCCAAACAAAAGCUUGGAUACUUUUCUAUACGAUCCAACAAAGAGAGCAGUGCUGGAUUGGGCUAAACGCUUUAACAUUAUUCAGGGUGUUGCUAAGGGGCUUCUUUAUCUUCAUCAUGAUUCCUAUGUGAAGGUGAUUCAUAGAGAUCUAAAAGUCGGUAACAUCCUCUUGGAUGAGAAAAUGAAUCCAAAAAUCUCAGAUUUUGGGUUGGCACGCAUUGUUGAAGGAACGCAGAGUCUAGAAAAUACUCAGAAGGUUGUGGGAACACGUGGCUAUAUGUCUCCGGAGUAUGCUAUGGGUGGGAUAUUUUCCGAGAAAUCUGAUGUCUAUAGCUUCGGGGUCUUGGUAUUGGAGAUUAUUAGCAGCAAGAAGAAUAGCAGCUUCUAUUUAUAUGACCAACAACUUGGCUUCCUUGCCUAUGCUUGGAACAUGUGGAAUGAAGGCAGGGCAUUGGAGUUAGUAGAUGAAGUAUUGGGUGAUUCAUACUCCUCAUCAGAAGUAAUGACAUGUGUGCAUGUUGGGCUUCUUUGUGUACAGGACAAUGCUGCUGAUAGACCAACCAUGGCGGAUGUAUCUUUAAUGCUAAGCAGCGAGAAAGAUGGUCCACAUCCAAAGAGGCCUGUAUUCACCAUUCAAAACUCAGUUUAUCAUCCUGGACCAUCCUAUGAAGAUACUAAUUCCUCCAAAAAUGAAGCUAGCAUUACAACGAUCGAAGGACGUUAGGCAACAGCAAAUUGUUGCAUCAAAACCCAUAGUAGAUAGACCCUCACUGAUGCUUUUACAGUUUGUAUAUACGGCAUGUACGUGAACAUUGUCUUUAUUUGCAUGAAGUUGAUUCCUAUCAAUGAAUAAAAGGAUGUUCAGUUUUCUUUG